UUUUCGAACGCAGCCCAUACAUACCAUCAAUUAAAAUGGCUGACAUGGCGCUCUAUCCGUUCCAUUAUUUGAGAGAAAUUUCUUGUCGCGAGUUAUAACGUAAACUAUAUAAAAAAAAAAACAGCGGAGGAACUAUUAUUAAAUUUCUACUAAUCAUGGAAGGUCAAAGUAACGAAUUGGUGAUGGGAAUGCCCGUAUUAUCUCUGGCAGUGAAGGAAGAACCUGUAGAGCAAAACAGUUCUAAGCAAGACACACAAUCCCAAGUGCAGGAUGCUAUUUGUAUCGAGGAGGAAUAUAAUGAUCAACGUAUCGAGUGUACUACUGAAAGUCAGGAAAGUGAAAUUCGCGCAUUUUUGUCAAAAUGUGUUUUUUGCAGUAAGGUGUUCACCAUGGAAGAUGAUCCAAAGCUUCUCGAGUGCUUACACGCAGCCUGCAUGAUGUGUGUCAAUAAUAAGAUCAGCGAUCAUAACACAUCAGUCGACAUGGAUAUCAUGUUAGAGAGUAAUGUGAUUAUGUGUCACGUUUGCAAUGUAACUAGCCAAGUAGAAAAUCUAAUUGAGAAUAGAUUUUUCUCAAAAUUGUUGGAGGAAGAAAGUGAUCUAGGAUUGGAUGACGAAACUAAAGAAGCAGAAGAGGAAAAAAAAUGUACUAGCUGUCAUGAUAACAUUAUUGCUACUAGUUGGUGUAUGGAAUGUGAAGAAUUUAUUUGCCAGAAUUGCGUUAUGGCUCAUCAAAGAUUAAAGAUAACUAAGGAUCAUGUAAUUAAGCCCAAGGAUGAGAUAACAAACGAUAAAGAUAAUGUUAAGAGAGGAAAUAAGAAAAUACCUGGAUAUCUGUUUUGCACAAUCCAUUCCCAUGAACAAUUAUCUUUAUUUUGUCAAACAUGCGAUAGACUAACUUGUAGAGACUGUCAACUCAGUGAACAUCGUGAUCACAAAUAUAAAUUUAUUCAUGAAAUUGCAGCCGAAACUCGUACUGCCAUGUCGAUUUUGCUUAAAGAAGUAAGUUACAAACGAGUAUUAUUAAAAAGUGCGAUGAAAGUUAUAGAAGACAGACAAGUUCUAAUUUUGGAGAAAAAGAAGAGUCUUGUUCAAGAUAUAACACAAAUGGUAGUACAAUUAACAAAUGCUAUUAAUACGAGAGGAAAGCAAUUGAUAAUGAGAUUAAAUGAAGUGUGUGACCAAAAGCAGAAUACAUUGAACGAGAAGAAAAUCGCUUUAGAUCAACUAUCUAGACUUACGGAUCAUUGCAUACUCUUUGGCACUCAUGCCUUAAAGAAAGGCUCGGAUAUGGAAUUAUUAUACAGUAAAAAAUCGGUCACAAGUCAUUUACAAAGAAUAAAAAGUAGACGAGCCGAUAUACCAAAUCCUGAAAUACCUGUAAGGAUACAUUUAUCUCUGGAAAAAGUACCAGAUUUAAUAAAAGUGAUGUCAUCAAUUGGGGCAAUAGUUGUUGAUGGUAGAGUAUAUCCGUCCAUAUCUCCUCUGGCUGGCAAUAAUAGUACGAUGACUUACAAUGAAUCUCAGACCGAACAAAAGCAAAUUCCGAAUACGAUAAAUACUCAUGCAGAUGGUAUCGUUCCCGUUGUCGUUCAGCAAGGACCAUCAUUGCCUGCAAUAGUAACACAGCAGUCCACUAAUGUGCAACAAAAUUCUUAUCAGCAACAAGCACCUCAGCACCUCUCGCCACAGCAACAGCAGCAACAACAACAACAACAAACGCAACAGUCACAAAAUUAUAUGCAACAGUAUAUUGCGCCGCACAGUAUGUCACCUCGAUCAUCGCCGCAAGCGCAUCAACCGCGGAUACCGUAUUCCGUCAAUUACAACAAUAGGCUGCAGCAACCUCCGUUGAUGCAUCAGCAACGUCCAUUGAGCACCUGCCAUCAGCAACAAGUGACGUCGUCCACGCAUCCGCAGCAUCAGCAAGCUCAGAAUCUGGAUCAGCAGAACUUCGGGCAGAACACAAGCUUGCGCGGACUCCUCGCGCACAAUUCUAUUCCACCGCCUCCCUAUCCAUCGUUUCGAGCGUCCGUCAAUCAUGUGCCGUACCGAUUUUCCCCUGGGUACAGGUAUUCCUCAAAUGGAAAUCCUCAAAGGGUACCGCCGCCUCACACGUAUCAAGCGGCGAACACGUCCGUCGUGCCCGUAACGACACGUUUACAACAGUGUAACUUGACCCCUCCAUCAACGCAACACGUCGGGAAUUAUCCUAUUCACCGUUGGCAUAUACCGCAACAAGCAAAUCCUUGCCUUCCUUAUAACAUGCCCCGGCAUCAGCAGCUACCUAUCUAUACACCAGUUCCUACCAACGAUACAUACAAAAUUACGUUAAGGAAUCAGCAAGCCAGCAAUAAUCAAAAGUACAACGCCAAUAUGGGUGGCAAUUCUAGCGACAAUUCACCGCAGUUGCAAAAUUCGGCCACCGUUUCGCUGUUACAUGCUGUCAGCUCGUCCAUACCGAAAACACCCAGUCCUGUUACCACUCCUGGCAAGCCAGAUGACACUGAAAAAAGUUUAGACAAAUUUUGUCAGAAAUCAUUGAACGACUUAAUGCUCACUAUUGCGAAAUUAGACAGCAAUGGAAUCCUAGUGAUACCAGAAGCUCAAAGGAAUCAAACGGACUCGGCACAAGUCGACAGUUCCACCGAUGAGGAUAUAAACUCAAUGGCUGAAAAUACAACUGAUAAUUCGAAAAGUACAACAGCUUCUAUAGUGAUGAAGGACGAUCCGAAUGAAGACUGGUGUGCCGUAUGUAUGGAUGGUGGAGACGCAGUAUUGUGUUGUGACAAAUGUCCAAAAGUCUUCCAUCUUUAUUGUCAUAUUCCUAGUUUAAAAUCAUUUCCAGACGAGAGUGAAACUUGGCAAUGUAUGUUGUGUACAAACGUACUCGAUUGUUCGGAUGAUGUAUCAAGCAGUGAAAAAAGGUCUAAUGGUAUGAACGCUAAGGAAUUGCGAAUUGCACAAAGGAUUGUUUUAGAACUUUAUUGUCAAUAUGAACAAAGUCUACCUUUCCGGGAAGUCGUAUCAAGCGAGAUUACCGAUUAUCAUCGGAUUAUCAAGAAGCCAAUUGCGUUAGAUAUAAUCAGAGAUAAAUUAAAAUCCGAUCAUGUAGAUCAUUAUACGGAUCUGAGACAGGUCAUGGCGGAUAUCAGGCUCAUGUUCAAGAAUGCAUUUACCUAUAAUCCGGUGGAUUCGCAAGUUUAUCAGGAAGCUAGAAAUUUAGAAGAGUUUUUUGAGAAAUUGUUAUUGAAAUGGGCGCCAAAUUAUGCAUAUGACGAUCCUUUUCUCGCGCCUGAUAAGGAGGAAGAUGAAGAAGUUUUUCCACCCAAUAGGAAAUACAGACGUAUAAUUAAUGAUUAAUAGAGAAUAAGUGAAUUGUCAAAUGUAUCUCGUUGGAAUUGUUGCGUUUAAGACUAAAUUAUUUUUAUUCAAUUUUGUAAAUGUCAGACUAUAUAGUUGAUAAUUUGAUGAAAUAAGAUAAAUACUACCGCAAUUAUCAUAGUAAAAUUAAUUCAUUAAAUAUUGCAAAAGAAGUAAAUCGGGUGCAAAUAUGUUUUAUCUGAAAUAUUUAUAAUAAAUUGUUUCUAUUUUUCUUUGAAUGCUUGACUAGACGAACAGUAUUGAUACAUUACAAUGACAAAGAAAUAUUAUUAAAGUAAUAUGUAACUUUUUCGACAUGUUUUAUUUCUCAAUAUGUAUUUUAAUAUGUAUUAGAAAAAUGAAACAGUAAUUUUUAAUUAUAAAUCAGAUAAUAUAUUUUUAGUACAUUUAUAUUGCUUGAAGUUUUAUCACAUUAAUAAACUUAUCGAAAUGCUUAAUGUUAUAAUAUUUAAUUAAUAAAAUAAUUAAUUUGAUAUAUAACAAUUUUUUGUUGAAUAUCAUCUUUGAUGUUUUGAUCUUUUUACUUGUCGCCUACAAAAAUAUUUUAUAAAAUAUAUACACAUAUAUAGAUAAGAAUAUAUAAUAAAGUUUCAUUUAUACAAUUUUUAAUGUGUGAUCAGCUUCUUUUAAACGCAACAUAAUUUAUUUUUCGAACUUUUAGAGGAAAUUGUUUGAAACUGUAUAAAAUAUAAUAUAUAUUUCUUUCG